AUGGGCGCCUCAAUUCGCCGAGAGGCUGAAACUCUCGUCGAAAGAGAGCAAUCUGAUAUGGUCUUUCUUAAGGGCACGGCAGCAAACCUAGGCAUGUAUGGUUCUCUGGUACUACCCUGGAGAUCUUGUGCUAAUCUAGAGUUUAUUGAAAAGCAUAUGAAAAUGGCCAAGGCUCUGUCAGUGUUGGCUUUUUGCUGGUAUGCUCAUUUCUUACUGGACUGGGAGGUUGUGCGGCCUUUUCAGCAGCAAUCAAGGCUGAGGAAAAACCCAAAUCUAGCGGCCACCAACUUCCCGGACCACCGUGGGACUGCCACUUCUUUCCCUCUUGCUGCGUUUGGUCUCAGCGCGUUUGUCUUCUCGACAAUAUCGUCCCUGGUGUUGAAGGGGGACACCGCUCAAUUCCUCCUCUUGUUAUCCGUGGGGACCACGGUCAUGAUCCUGGUCUCGACGAUCUUUCUCCGCAUCAUCCCUACGCGGAGUUCGUAUGCUCCUCUGCCGCACCACGACGCAGAAGACGGAAGUAGUACAUCGCGGGGAGGGCGCCGGUCGCUAUCGGUCGACGACCGGCAUGUCUACUAUGGGGUCGAUGAAACAGGUACGCUGAACCGAGCUUUUGCACCACAAUCCCAGACACAAGCCAGGUCAUCACCACCUGCCUCGUCCAGCGCGGGCCUAGCCAACCGCAACGCCGACACCGACGAAACCUCGUCCCUAGUAUCCAAAACCACAACCCCAAGAGAAUCCGAGGACCGAAGCCACGAAGCAGAAAUGCCUGCUGAGAUGGGAAAUAGCUCACAUUAUCCAGAUGUCAGGGGAUUGGCUCUACUGUCUAAGUUAGAGUUCUGGCAGCUUUUCCUGAUUAUGGGGCUGUUGUCUGGUAUUGGUCUGAUGACGAUCAACAAUAUCGGCAACAACACGAAAGCACUUUGGAAAUACUACGAUGACAGCGUUGAUUCGAUAUUCAUUCACCAUCGUCAAGUGGUUCAUGUAUCGACGCUGUCCAUCUGCAGCUUUAUCGGCCGGCUUCUGAGUGGCGUCGGAUCCGACCUUCUAGUGAAGAAACUGCAAAUGUCGCGCUUCUGGUGCCUGUUCAUCUCAGCGGCCGUCUUCACCAUGACGCAGAUGGCCAGCUUCUCCAUCUCGAACCCGCACCACCUGAUCGUCGUGUCGUCCGCGACAGGGCUAGCCUACGGCUUCCUCUUCGGGGUAUUCCCGUCGCUGGUCGCGCACACGUUCGGCAUCGCAGGCCUGUCGCAGAACUGGGGGGUCAUGACCCUCGCGCCCGUCAUCAGCGGCAACGUCUUCAACCUGCUCUACGGCACCAUCUACGACCACCACUCGGUCAUCUCGCCCAAGGGCGAGCGCGACUGCACCGAGGGCCUGCGCUGCUACCGCGCCGCGUACUAUGUGACUUUUUUCUCUGGCCUGGCGGGCCUGCUCGUCUGUCUGUGGAGUAUCUGGCAGGAGAAGCGCGUUCAUAGGUCCGGGUCUGUCUUUGUCAGGAAGCCUGGACAGCAUGAACGGAUUGCUUAA